UGCAGUCUCCUUUGCCGUAGUUGGAUGAAUCAGUCGACGUUGACAGUCCUCGGGAUAUGACAGAGCUUUUGUAGUAGGGAGCUAACUUUAGCUGGACCGUUAGCUGGUUGCCGGGGGUGUUAGCACUGCGUUAGCCGAAAAAGAGCAAUUCAAGUGCCAAGGCGUUUUGUUUUUUGGAGGAAAAGAAGAAGAAGCGAUUUUCGUUAACCUUAAAAUCUUUACAAGAUGAGGCUGAAUACUAGAGGAAGCUAAGUUAACUUAGGCUAAAUGGUUAGCUAGAUAGCUUGACAUCAACUUGUGAAUCACAUAACUUUAGUCUGUGUGUGUGGGCCAUAACAACUUGACUAGUCAUCAUUGGGGUUAACUAGCGGGGCGGCUUAUAGCUUUUUAUUACUAUUAUUAUUAGCCAGGUAGCAUAACAACUUUUUUUUAUUAUUAUUAUUGCUAGCAUAGUGAAGCUAGCCGGUUGGGUUUUGUAACAUGAAAGGGGCACAGUCUGACACAUUGGAUUUUGUCCCUCAGAAAGACAUCGUAUACAACAAACUUCUUCCGUACGCGGACAGGCUAGAUGAUGAGUCCAGGGAUAUUUUGAGCAAAAUUAAAGGAAAUUUGGGCCGGGCCGUUCAACUCAGAGAGAUAUGGCCCGGUGUCCUGUUUUGGACGAGGAAACUUUCCACGUAUAUGAGACUGUAUGGGCGGAAAUUCAGCAAAGAAGACCAUGUGCUGUUCAUCAAGUUGCUGUACGAGCUAGUGACGAUCCCCAGACUGGAGAUCAGCAUGAUGCAGGGCCUUGCUCGGCUUCUUAUCAACCUCCUCAAGAAAAGGGAACUUCUGUCAAGGGAGGACCUUGAGUUGCCGUGGCGACCACUAUACGAGUUGUACGAUAGGAUACUUUUCUCCAAGACGGAGCAUCUAGGCCUCAACUGGUUUCCCAAUUCUCCACGGCCUCGUUCAUCCUUUAAACUCGUAAUGCUAAAAUUGGUACAGAGGUGCUCUGUGGAAGGUGUGUUGAAAACACUCGUGAAAAGCUGCAGACCAUACUUUUCAGAGUCUGCAACUCAGGAGAUGUUGGAUGAGUGGAGACCACUCCUCUGUCCGUUUGAUGUCACCAUGCAAAGAGCAAUCAGCUACUUUGAGCUUUUUCUACCCACAACUCUGCCUCCGGACCUGCAUUGCAAGGGCUUUAAGUUGUGGUUCGAUGAGCUGAUCAGCUUGUGGGUGGCUGUGCAAAAUCUUCCAAGCUGGGAAGUUCAUCUGGUCAACCUGUUUGCACGCUUAGCCAAUGACAACAUUGGCUACAUCGACUGGGACCCGUACAUCCCUAAGAUUUUCACAAGAAUCCUGAGGAGUUUGAAUCUCCCCGUGGGGACCAGUCAGAUGAUGGUACCACGAUACAUCACCAAUGCCUACGACAUCAGCCAUGUGGUGCUCUGGGUGUCGUCCCUCCUGGGAGGACCCAGCAAGCAAGCUCAAGGCCAGCUCAGUGGCCUUUUCAACAGUAUUACAUCCUUCUUCCACCCAUCGAACCACGGCCGCUGGUUGAUGAAGCUCAUGAAGCUGCUCCAGCGUCUCCCGGCGGCGGUGGUUCGGCGGCUGCACAGAGAGCGCUACAGAAAGCCCACAUGGCUAACGCCGAUACCAGACAGUCACAAGCUCUCAGAGGAGGACAUCACAGACUUUGUGAAGAGCAUGAUGCAGCCAGUUCUGCUGGCCAUGUUUAGCAAGACGGGCAGCCUCGACGCCGCCCAGGCCCUGCAAAACCUGGCUCUGAUGAGGCCUGAACUGGUCAUUCCUCCCGUGCUGGAGCGAACAUACCCCGCUCUGGAGACUUUAACAGAGCCUCACCAGCUGACCGCCACCCUGAGCUGCAUGAUUGGUGUGGCACGGAGCCUGGUGUCAGGUGGGCAGCGCUUUCCCGAGGGCCCCACUCACAUGCUGCCCCUCCUCAUGAGGGCUCUGCCAGGGGUCGACCCGAACGACUUCAGCAAGUGCAUGAUCACAUUCCAGUUUAUUGCUACAUUUGUGACUCUUGUGCCUUUGGUGGACUGUUCGUCUGUCCUACAUGAAAGAACCGACUUGACAGAGGUUGAAAGAGAGAUGUGCUCAGCCUCUGCUGAGUUUGAAGACUUUGUUCUUCAGUUCAUGGACAGAUGUUUCGCCCUGAUCGACAGCAGCACUCUGGAGCAGACUCGAGAGGAAACUGAAACGGAGAAAAUGACUCAUUUAGAGAGUCUGGUGGAGCUCGGACUGUCCUCCACCUUCAGCACCAUCCUCACGCAGUGCUCUUUGGACAUCUUCAAGGUUGCUCUGGAAAAAGUGUUCAACUUUGCGACCACCAACAUCUUUGAGACGCGUGUAGCUGGAAGAAUGGUGGCUGACAUGUGCAGAGCUGCAUCCAAGUGUCACCCUGCAGAGUCCCUCAAGAUGUUUGUGCCACACUGCUGCAACGCCAUAAACCACAUCGCUGUCCAUGAGGAAGUGUUGAAUGAGGAGGAGCUUGACAAGGAGCUGAUGUGGAACCUCCAGCUGCUUUCCGAGGUGACGAGGGUGGACGGUGACAAGCUCCUGCCCUACCGUUCUGACCUGGUUCAGAUUUUGCAGUUGACGCUGCACCUCAAAUGUAAACAGGGCUACAUUCUAGCUUGUAACCUGCUGCACCACAUUCUUCGCUCUACUGCCCUCAUUUACCCCACCGAGUACUGCAGCGUGCCAGGAGGCUUCCACAAACCAGUCAGCGACUACCUACCCAUCAAGGACUGGGGUCGGCCUGGUGACUUGUGGAAUUUGGAUAUCCGGUGGCAUGUUCCCAGUGCUGAGGAAACCUCACUGGCUUUUUAUUUACUGGACCUGAUCCUCCAGCCGGAACUUCAGCGCCUUCAGAGAUACGCACAAGGAGAACAGGACAUGAGCAGAGAUGAUGUCCUACAGAGCCUCACCAUUGUUCAGCACUGCCUCCUGGGAGCCGGGAGUCUGAUGCCUCCACUGAAAGGAGAGCCCAUCCCUGACCUGGUUCAGAGCCUGGUGAAUCUAGAUGAGACCACUCUCUAUACAGGGAUGGUGUAUGAUGAGUCCAGAGAGAACUACAGAGAUGCCAUCUGCAGAGUGAUGAGACAGCUGCUGCAUUACAUCCUGGAGCACUCUGAAGAUGACACCAAAUCUCUUUUCUCCAUCAUCAAGAUUAUCAGCGACCUUUUGCACUUCAAAGGUUCUCACAAGCACGAGUUUGACUCCCGCUGGAAAAGCUUCAACCUCGUGAAGAAAUCAAUGGAAAACAGACUUCAUGGCAGAAAGCAGCACAUCAGAGCUCUGCUGAUAGACAGGGUCAUGCUCCAGCAUGAGCUGCGGAAGCUGACAGUGGAAGGAUGUCAGUAUAGGAGCAUUCACCAGGAGCUGAUGAGAGAUCUGUUGAGGCUUUCCACAAGCACCUACAGUCAAGUGCGCAGCAGAGCUCAGAAUGUGUUGUUCACUGCACUGGGAACCUACAAUUUCUGCUGCAGAGACCUGAUCCCCCACGUCUUAGAGUUCCUCAACCCGGAGAACAGCAGUGUCACUCAGCAGCAGUUCAAAGGUGCCUUGUACUGUCUUCUGGGUAAUCACAGUGGAGUGUGCUUGGCCAACCUGCACGACUGGGAGUGCAUUUCUCUGACGUGGCCCGCCAUCGUGCGCUCUGGCCUCAGCUCAGCCAUGUCUCUGGAAAAGCCCUCCAUAGUGCGGCUCUUCGAUGACCUUGCGGACAAAAUCCAUCGGCAGUAUGAAACCAUCGGCAUCGACUUCUCGAUUCCUGGUGAGUGCUGUGAUUUGGCCAAACUGCUGAUGACCACUGGAAAGCCUUUGUCUGCGGAACCUGUUCUUUCAGACGAAGAAGCAGAGAACGGAUUAAAGCGUCAAGAGCAAAAGAACUCUGAGUCUGUCAAGAAAUACAAACAGCUCAUUGAAGAUCUGCUGGACAGCCUCAACAACAGGAACAUGCCUUGGAAGUUUGAACACAUCACGAUAGGAUUCCUGUCACUGCUGCUUAGAGACGACCAGCAGCUCCCACCGGCCGCCGUUACGUUCUUCGUGAAAAACCUCAACCACGACUCUCUCUACGUCCGUAAGGUGGCGAUAUCAGCUGUGGCAGGGAUCAUGAAACAAAUAAAGAAACCGCAUAAGAAAGUCCCCAUCAGCCCCUCUGAGCUUUGUGGAGUGAAGGAGCUAAGUGAGACUGUAGCAGGAGACCGAGCAGACAACCAGUGGCUCCAGUAUAACAGCAGCAAACUGCCACAGACAAAGCAGGACUGGGAUCAGUGUGUGUUUGUGGAAAAGACUCACUGGGGAUACUACUGCUGGCCAAGAAAACUGAUGAUGUAUGCACCACUUGAGGAGCAACCCGAACAGAGCGUGAGCAGAGAGCAAAUGACAGAGCGGGAGCAGAUCAUCUUCGACCAUUUCUCCGACCCGGUCUUCAUCAACCAGUUCAUCGAGUUCCUCUCUCUUGAGGACCGUAAGGGCAAAGACAAGUUCAGCCCUCGCAGAUUCUGUUUGUUCAAGGGAUUGUUUCGCAACUUCAACGAUGCCUUUCUGCCUCUGCUGAGGCCCCACAUGGAACGCCUGGUGGCAGACACCCAUGAGAGCAAGCAACGCUGUGUUGCGGAGAUCAUUUCUGGACUGAUCAGAGGCUCCAAGCACUGGAGCUACUCACAGGUUGAGAAUCUCUGGAAGGUGUUGUGCCCUUUGCUCCGAACCGCCCUCUCUAACAUCACUAUAGAAACCUACGCAGACUGGGGCACCUGCAUCGCUACAGCCUGUGAGAGCAGAGACCCACGCAAGCUUCACUGGCUGUUUGAGAUGCUAAUGGAGUCUCCGGUCAACGGAGAGGGCGGCUCUUUCGUCGAUGCCUGUCGUCUGUACGUGCUGCAGGGAGGCCUGGCUCAGCAGGAGUGGCGGGUACCGGAGCUCCUGCACAGGUUGCUACAAUACUUGGAGCCCAAACUCACACAGGUCUACAAGAACGUGCGUGAACGGAUCGGCAGCGUGCUCACGUACAUCUUCAUGAUUGAUGUCCGCUUGCCAUACACUCAGCCAACCUCCUCCCCUCGCAUCUCAGACUUCACAGAGCGAAUGCUCUUGCAACUGAAGCCCCUGACUGAGGGUGAUGAGGAGAUCCAGAACCACGUGGUGGAGGAGAACGAGGUGGGAGUGCAGGAUGAGAGGACAAAAGCAAUCAAGCUAUUAAAAACAGUGCUGAAGUGGCUGAUUGCAAGCGCCGGCCGCUCCUUCUCAACUGCUGUCCCAGAACAACUACGCUUCCUCCCUCUGCUCUUCAAGAUUGCUCCAGUUGAGAAUGAUGACAGCUAUGAUGAACUUAAGAGGGAUGCAAAGACCUGCCUGUCUCUGAUGUCCCAGGGACUCCUCUACCCAGAACAGAUCCCCAUGGUCCUCAGGGCCCUGCAGGAGAUUGCAGGCAGCAGCUCCUGGCAUGCCCGCUACACGGUGCUCACAUACCUCCAGAUUAUGGUGUUUUACAACCUGUUCACAUUCAUGAGUGACCAGAAAGCAGUGGAAGACGUGCGGGCUCUGGUGAUAAGACUGCUGGAGGACGAGCAGCUGGAGGUAAGAGAAAUGGCCGCCACGACACUCAGUGGCUUCCUUCAGUGCAAUUUCCUGUCCAUGGAUGCCCCCAUGCAGGCACAUUUUGAGGCACUCUGCAAGACUUGCCUGCCCAAGAAGAGGAAGCGGGAGCUCGGCUCUAUAGUGGACACCAUACCCUCUGCUGACCUGGUGCGCCGCCAUGCCGGUGUUCUGGGGUUGAGUGCUUGUAUUCUCUCCAGCCCGUAUGAUGUGCCCACCUGGAUGCCACAACUGUUGAUGGACCUAAGUGCUCACCUCAACGACACACAACCCAUUGAAAUGACUGUGAAGAAAACUCUGUCGAACUUCAGACGAACUCACCAUGACAACUGGCAGCAACAUAAGCAGCAAUUCACAGAUGACCAGCUGCUGGUCCUCACUGACCUGCUCGUCUCCCCCUGUUACUAUGCCUAAAACCUGUUUGGGAACACCCCAGACAGUAGAAACACCAGCCUGCAUUGGGGAGGAGACCGAAAAAAGACACAGCAUCCUUGCAUCUGCGGAAAAAGAGUGGCACACAAUGGAACAGGGUUGUGGCAAACAGAAGGAUUAAGAUGAUGUGUAUUUAUGUAUUUAGCUCAUUUCCAUUUCUACUAUACUUAAUAUUUAAGGAUCAAUCAUAGCAGGAACGAAUGACCUGCCGUUUGUAACAUUAUUGUACAGAUCUUUCUUUCUUUCUUUUUUUUUUUGGUUUGUUUGUGUGUGUGCAUGUAUACAGGUGUGUGCGUGUGUGUGUGUGUGUGUGUUUAUGGGAUGCUUGAAGACAUCUACCGGUGUCCCACACAUUUCUCAGGAUUUAAUCCCAAGUAUCAGCUCUGAGCCAACACAAUGUCCAGUGUAGGACAUAGACUUUACUAUCUUCCAAUAGUGAAGUGAAAACACACAGAGAAAAUGAUGAUUUCUUUAGAUUAGACUUAAACUUGAAACAUGCAGUGUUUGUGUGGCUGUUUGUUCUAUACAUGAUUAUAUGCAUGCCGCAUGUAUAUAUAUCAUGGAUAGAAAAUAUGCACAAACCUUCUUAUUUAUUUACUUUUUUUUGAAGUGCUAAUUAUUCAUUUCUUUCUUUUCCCAUGAAGUAAAACAUAAAAGCAGAUGACUGAGCUGUUAGCAACAGAGCCUGUUUUCAUCUAAUCUUGCAAAGAAAGGGAGAGUUCAAGCUCCCCGCUGCCGUGCUGUGUGGUGCGUUUGUUGUGAGGGCCUAAGCACAAUUAGAUCACCAUGUGAUGUGUUCACGGUGCAAGCAAGAAAAAAAAAAGAUGCCUCGUCCAUAUGUUUCUUCUUAUUUUCAGUAUCAUUUCAGAAAAACACACCGUGAGACAAAAUUUCUUUGGUUUGCUUAUGUUUUCCCCUGAUGACUUGAAACCAAUUGAAGCAUUGAAGCAUUUAGUACCUCACUUACAAAAUAGUGUAGUGCCAAACCUGCAGUGUUUUUUUUUGUUUGUUUGUUUUGUUUGUUUUUUUUAGAUACACUGCUUGCUUGUUCACAGCGCUUACAAUAAAUUGUUUUUAACAAAAAAAAA